ACACGCACCAACAAGAAAACCAAACACUAAAACUACACACAACAAUUCAAUAUCAUUCAUCCCAUAAUAUUUAAUAACGAAAUCUGCUCAUACAAAACAAAAGGAUAGUGUGUGCUUCACAUCAAUAUAAUAUUUGGCGUACGUGCAUCUCUUCCAACUCUGCUCGCAGCUGCAGGCCCUCCUCCUAUCCUAUAUUCAACAAAAAACAUUUGACCGCAAAUACGAAAACCUAUUCCACAUUUUUCCAUUCUUUUCUUGUCUCAUCUUUCAAUUCCCAUUUAUUUUUUUUAAGAACAUGAAAUCCCAACAACCUCUCUGACAAUUAAUCCCGAAUUCCAAACAAGAUCAAGCACAGCUCACUGAUCAUGUCAGAAGACGAAUCCGAUCACCUCCUCCUUCGCGCCGCGUUUCUCUUCUUCUUCCUCCUCAUCACAGGAGAGGUCGUGAUUGGGCAAUCGGUAGAGAGAGACAGAGACAUCUUAAUCCAGCUGCAGUCAUUUCUGAAGAGAGAAAAUCCGGUGGUGGAGAAUAGAGGCAAAUACACGAAAUGGAACUUGGGCGACGGCUCCCCGUGCGCGUGGGAGGGAAUCACGUGCGACAACUCGCCAGAACGCGUGACGGAGAUCGACCUCUCCGACUGCAACAUGGCCGGAGAGCUCUUCGGAAACUUCUCCGCCCUGACGGAGCUCUCCCACCUCGACCUCUCGUCCAACACCAUCGGCGGCGCCAUACCGGCGGACCUAGGCCGCUGCCGGAAGCUCAAAUUCCUCAACUUGUCGCACAACAUCAUCACCGGUGAGGUCAACCUCACCGGCCUCGAUAAUUUGGAGGUUCUCGAUCUGUCGCAGAACAGAAUUCAGGCCUACAUCCGUCUCACCAUACCGGAAAACUGCACCAACUUAGCCGUAGCUAAUAUCUCCAACAACAACUUCACCGGCGAGGUAGGAGACAUCUUCGUAAACUGCAGGAAUUUGAAGUUUCUCGAUCUCAGCUCGAAUCGCUUAGAGGGAGACAUAUGGUCUGGAUUCGAUCGGAUGGUGGAAGUCUCCUUGUCCGAGAACCGCUUCUCCGGCGACAUCGCCUCGAUUUUCUCCCAAAAUUGCAGCUUGAGAUCCUUGGAUUUGUCGGAGAAUCACUUCCGGGGAGAAUUUCCAUCUCAAAUCUCCAACUGCAAGGAUUUGGAGAUGUUGACUUUGUGGGGGAACAAUUUCACGGGGCUAAUCCCCCAAGAAAUAGGAUCGUUGCCUAAAAUUCAAGCAUUAUAUUUGGGGAAUAACAACUUUUCAAGAGAGAUUCCAGAGAGUUUAGUCGGUUUAAGCAAUUUGAAAUUCCUGGAUUUGAGCAAAAACAACUUCGGAGGCGAUAUUCAAGAGAUUUUCGGUCGACUGAAGCAGGUGAAAUUUCUUCUACUGCACAAGAAUUCGUAUGUAGGUGGGAUUCGCACAUCGCGUGUUCUUGAGCUCCCAAACAUUGUUAGAUUGGAUUUAAGCUACAAUAAUUUCUCGGGCGAGUUGCCGGUGGAGAUAUCGCAGAUGGCGAGCUUGAAAUACCUGAUUCUCGCCUACAACAACUUCAGCGGCGGCAUACCUUCCCAAUAUGGAAACCUCUCUGGCCUUCAAGCACUCGACCUUUCCUUCAAUAGCCUCAACGGCUCCAUACCUAACACUUUCGGCAACCUCACAUCACUGCUGUGGCUCAUGCUCGCCAACAAUUCGCUCUCCGGCCCCAUCCCGCCGGAGCUGGGAAACUGCAGCAGCUUGCUCUGGCUCAAUCUCGCAAACAACCUGUUUUCGGGGGCCUUGCCAACUCAAUUAACGACCAUCGGCGCUAACGCCACGCCUACUUUCAUGCUCAACCGUCGCGAGACUGAUGAGAUGCCGGCUGGCUCCGGCGAAUGCACGGCGAUGAAGAGGUGGAUUCCGGCGGACUACCCGCCCUUCAGCUUCGUCUACGAUCUCCUCACCAGGAAGAAGUGUAGAGUUUUGUGGGACAGGAUCCUUAAAGGGUACGGCCUGUUUUCUGUGUGCUCGCCGGGAUCCAACAUUCGGACAAUGCAAAUUUCCGGCUACAUCCAGCUCAGUGGCAAUCAGUUGUCCGGCGAAGUCCCGGCUGAGAUCGGAAACAUGUUGAAUUUCAGUAUGUUGCACUUGGGUCUGAAUGCGUUCGGCGGCGAGCUGCCUUCGGGGCUGGAGCGGAUGCCGUUGAUGGUGCUGAACGUCACGCGCAACUCCUUCUCCGGCGAGAUACCGGCCGAGAUAGGCAACCUCAAGUGCUUGCAGAAUCUUGAUUUGUCGUACAACAACUUCUCCGGUCAGUUUCCGAGCAGCUUGAACAACUUGAGUGAUCUCACCAAGUUCAACAUUUCUUACAAUCCCUAUAUCUCGGGCUCUAUUCCGGCGAUCGGACAGCUGGCGACCUUAGAUAGGUGGUCGUUCGAGGCGGACCCUCUUCUCCGGCUGCCUCCAUUCAUGAGCAACGAGACGAACAGGACAGCAGCGAGGAGGGGGAGCGGGAGGAAGGAGGAGCGUAGAGGAAUAGGUGUGUUUUUAGUGGUGUUGGGCUUGCUUCUUGCUGCCUUAGUUUGUGGGGUAAUUACUCUCAUAGUGUGCCUCUUCAUCAAGAGCCCUAUCGAGUCCAGAGGGUAUCUCUUGCAGGAGUCCAAGAGAGUGGAGUUGUCAAGCUCAAGCUCGUCUUCGCCAUGGAUGUCCAACACGAUCAAGGUGAUUCGUUUGGACAAGACGGCCUUCACACAUUCAGACAUCUUGAGGGCUACUAGAAGCUUCUCGGAUGAGAGGAUCAUCGGCCGGGGAGGCUCCGGCACGGUCUACCGAGGCGUGUUGCCCGACGGUAGGGAGGUGGCGGUGAAGAAGCUGCAGUCGGAAGGUGUGGAAGGGGAAAGAGAGUUCAGAGCUGAGAUGGAGUUGUUGAGUGGUAAUGGAUUAGGUUGGCCUCAUCCAAACCUAGUCACUCUCUAUGGUUGGUGUCUCAACGGAUCGGAAAAGCUGCUCGUGUACGAGUACAUGGAAGGGGGGACCCUAGAGGAUCACAUCACCGACCGGAUCGGCCUCAACUGGCGUAGGCGUCUCGAGGUCGCCAUAGACGUCGCACGGGCGCUCGUUUUCCUGCACCACGAAUGCUACCCGAGCAUCGUGCACCGGGACGUCAAGGCCAGCAACGUGCUUCUUGACAAGGAUGGCAAGGCCCGGGUCACCGACUUUGGCCUGGCCCGGGUCGUGGAUGCCGGUGGCAGCCACGUUAGCACCAUGGUGGCCGGGACCGUGGGGUAUGUUGCGCCCGAGUACGGGCAGACGUGGCAGGCCACCACCAAAGGGGACGUGUAUAGCUUCGGCGUGCUGGCGAUGGAGCUGGCCACGGGGAGGCGGGCCCUGGAUGGUGGCGAGGAGUGUCUGGUCGAGUGGGCCAAGCGGGUGAUGGGGGACGGUCAGAGACGAGCAGUGCCACCUGUGGCUCUGCUCGUAUCUGGUCUAGUUGAUGGAGCGGACAAGAUGGGGGAGUUGCUUCGGCUUGGGAUAUGGUGCACGGCUGAGACGCCUCAUGCUAGGCCUAAUAUGAAGGAGGUGUUGGCUAUGUUGUUUAAGAUUUCUUGCACACUAAAGGAUUUUGCACAUGCUUCUGAUUUUCUUUGAUUUUCUUCAAUUAGGAUUUGUGUCUUAGAUCAAUGUAUAGGCUUUCUUUGUUAUCAUUCUUUCUGUAAUUAACACACAUUGUUAGAGGGGGGAAAUUCACCAUUUUUGUUUGAUGGAGUCACAUUCUUUUCUUUUCUUGCUAUUUGUGGUUAGGCUAGUUUUGUAAGUGGACUAGUAUAUUUUGUGAAUUGGAAGUGAAUAAAGAUCGAUUUUUGAAGUAAA